AUGUCUGUCCUCCGCAUACUCUUCGUGCUGGCUUCCCUGUCUCUGGCAGAUCUUACCAACGCAGAAAGGGUCCUCGGGGCUUAUAUUUUCCAGCGCCACGGGGACCGCACAGCUAAAGCCUGGCCACCUACUAAAUUAACCAGUCUGGGUUACGGUCAAGAGUAUAUGACUGGUACCUUUUUCCAUGACCGUUAUAUCUCGUCGAACUCUUCCUAUCACAUCGAAGGGAUCAGUACCGACACAGUCAACUUGGCCCAGGUUACUGCCAGUGCGCCGCAAGAUGAUGUUAUCGAAACCUCAGGAGAGGGGUUCUUGCAAGGCCUCUACCCUCCUAUCGGCUCUGUUGCCACGGAGACUCUGCGCAACGGAUCAACAGUUCAAUCCCCAAUGAACGGCUAUCAGCUGAUCCCGAUGUCAGACGUACAGUCAGGCAGCGGGAGCGAGGACAACGCGUGGCUCCAGAGCACAUCUUCCUGCAACAAUGCCAAAGUCAGCAGCAACAACUACUUCUCCUCAAACUCCUUUAAGAGCCUGUUGUCGUCCACCAAAGAGCUUUACCAGUCUCUUGAACCGCUGGUCAAUGGAACAUUCAGCUCUACUGAGCUGAACUACAAGAAUGCAUACACCAUAUGGGAUUUACUCCAUGUGGCUUUGAUUCACAACUCCACCACGACCUUCCAGCCAUCCAGUCUUCUCACUGAUCAGGUAAUGCAAGAGCUUUUUAUUCUCGCGAGCGAGCACGAGUUCAACCUAGCAUACAAUAGUUCAGAUCAGAUCAGUGCUGUUGCUGGUAUGACCCUUGCUGGCGAAGUUCUUGCAGCUUUGAACGAAACCAUUACAUCUGGCGGCAAGUCCAAAUUGAACAUCCAGUUCGGUGCCUAUGCCACUUUCCUUUCUUAUUUCGGUCUUGCCGGGCUCCACACCGCAGAUGAGACCUUCUCUGGUAUACCCGACUACGCUUCGUCCAUGGCAUGGGAGCUUGUGACAAACGAUACUGGCACUGGGAUGCCUUCCACGUCAGAUAUCAGUGUGCGUUUCGUGUUUCACAAUGGGACUAGCGUUGAGGGCUCAACACAUCUACAAGCUUAUCCACUUUUCGGUCAAUCCACGCUCGAGCUCCCUUGGGCGCAGUUUGUUGACAAGUCGAAGAAGUUUGCUGUUUCAUCGCAGCAGCAAUGGUGUCAGGCCUGUGGAAAUACCAAUGGAAUCUGCGCCUCGACUUCCGAUGAUAACGGCGGUGAUAGUUCAUCCUCCAGUUCGUCGUCUGGUUCUUCCUCGGGCACAGGGAUGAGUUUGGGAGUGGCAGGUGUGAUUGGUGCAAUGGUGACUUUGGGUGUUCUUGUGGGGCUGUUGGUACUCAGCAUGUUCAUCUUUGGCCUCCGACUCGUACCCAAGAGUGCGCUCGCCAGUAUUCAUCGAGCGUCGGACGCUUCUACUACACCAGCGAUGAAGACGACUUUAGCGUAG